CACAGGCGCCAGAGAUAAGAAGGUACUGGCUCACUGUGCAGCUAGACAGCAUCUAAUCCAUCCAUUCCCUCUUCCCUACCAUGUCGAUGGCGCUCAUGCUGAACCCAGCCCUCGGACUCGGAGGAGUUGCCGUUGCAGGAGCAGGAGCGGCAGGGGUUGGGAAGGAGAAGAAGAAGCCGAGCUCCAUAUCCACACCCCUCCAUGGCAGCAGCAUCCGGGGUCGCGGGCGUGUGGUGGUGGCUAUGGCGGACAUCCUUGGGGACUUCGGUGCAAGGGACCCGUUCCCGGAGGAGAUCGAGAGCAACUUCGGUGAGAAGACGCUGGGGAACGUGGACACCCUGCACCGGAUCCUGAUCCCCACGCUGUCCGUGCUGUCCCUGUCCCGCGUGCCGCUGGACCCCAACCCGGCGGCGCUGUCCCACGAGGACGCGCGCAAGCUGCUGCACAAGGUGGUCGGAUGGAGGCUCCAACAAGAUACGCUCGAGUGCGUGUGGAAGGUGAGGGACGAGGCCUGCGGGCAGGAGCUCAUCGCCAGGAUCAACAAGGCUCUCCAGGGCGCUGCCCAUGCCCCGACCACGCUCGCCUUCCACCCGCCCAACCAAGUCCUGGCGCAGCUCGGCUCUCCUUCCGUCGGCGGCCUCACCGUCAACGACUUCAUCAUCGCUGCCAAGAUCGAUCAGGUCAAGACGCAGGAUCUCAUCCCCAAGAAGAGAGUCUGGGCAUGACAUUUUUCUUCGUUUAAUUCUUUCCUCGCACCAAAGUUUUGUUUGUUUGUAUCAUCAAUCUUCAGUACGGCCGGACUACUGCUAGCUAGCAUUUUGUGAAAUCAAAAGCUCCAUGUUAAUUACCUCGCUUUCA